CCAGCUUGUUUUGUGGACGCAGUCCCUACCCAUCGGUGCUCACAUAGGACCGAUGCGGUUCCCCUGCGUAGUCCCAGGCUCGCUUCUUCUGACGCAAGCCCUGGGCUUUGCCUUUGUUGGCUUGCGUCCACCUUUGGGCUUGAGCGGAACAAGCAGGGCACGCUUCGGCGGAUCAUCAACAACGUCACACGAGCAACAGCAACAACAUCGGUGCUUGCGGAUUGGUGUUGGAAGCAGAGGCGGGGCGGGGAGGGAGAGCAGUGUUCUUGCAGGCAUCAACGGCGAGGAGGAUGACGUCGAUGUUGUCCCUGCAAGGACCUUCGUCUCCAGCAGCAACCAGCCGGAGCGGAUCUGCGUCCUCGGGGGAGGAUUCGGGGGUCUCUACACGGCCCUGAGGCUGCAGAAAAUGCCGUGGCGGGGGCGGAGACCAGUCGUCACGCUCGUCGACAAGCGGGACAAGUUCACGUUCUUGCCCCUCCUCUAUGAAUUUGCCAUUGGAAACGCGGAGCUGGACGAGGUUGCCCCGACCUUCCGCGAGCUACUGGCGGGCAGCGGCGUGUCGUUCGUGCAGGGGUGCGUUUCCAACAUCGACCUAGAUGGCAAAGGGGUGACGGUUGCUGGCGCCACGUCCGAUGAUCUCGACGGUUUCAUGAUCUCCGACAACGCCGACGAAACGAGAACCCUCGAGUACGACAAGCUCGUGCUGGCGGUCGGAGCGGAGCCGGCGUCGGGAAUCGACAAGGUGCCCGGGGCGAGGGAACGCGCCAUCCCCUUCUACAGCAUAGAAGACAGCUACCGCGUUAAGCAGGCCAUCAUCAAGCUCAAGGCCCUCGUGAGGGAGAAGGCGGUGUCGCGGGUGGUCGUUGUCGGUGGGAGUUACGCCGGGGUGGAGCUGUCAUGCAACCUCGCGACGGAGCUGGGCGGCGGGAGGAAGGGGAUGGGCAAGGUGGAGGUCACGCUGGCGGCAGGCUCGGAGGUCCUCUCUAUGGCGACUCCCGGCAACCGCGAGGCUGGGCUGCGGCGGUUGACGGAAUCUGGAGUCCACGUGAUGAAAGGGGCGAGAGUGUCCGAAGUCAAGGAGGGCGGCGGCGUCGUGCUGCAGCAGGGGGAAGGAAAGGGCACCGACUCCACGUUCCGUGAGGAGAUAAUGGCCGAUCUGCUGGUCUGGACAGCCGGCAGCCAGCCCAGCUCGCUGCUCGACUCCCUCGACGUUCGGAAGGAUGCCAGGGGCCGCAUCGAGGUCGACCGUAGGCUCCGUCUUAUAGACGCGGCUGGGAACGACGGGGGGGUGGGGGAUGUGUAUUGCCUGGGGGACAUCGCGGCUGUGGAAGGGUUGGAGCUGGGCUGCAACGCACAGGUGGCGCUCCAGCAGUCGGACUAUGUGGCGUACAAUAUCUGGGCGGAUAAGGAGCGAAGGAAGCCGCUCGACUUUAGAUUUUUGAACCUCGGAGAGAUGAUGAACCUCGGCGGGCUCGACGGUUCGUUGACGACGCUAGGCGGUCGGGUCAAGCUCAGUGGGAAGGCGGCGGGCCUCGCGCGACGAGCCGUAUACGCGGUGCGCAUGCCAACGAAUCCCCAGAGAGUGCGGGCCGCGGCGAGCGCUGCCGCUGGGACGGCCUUCAGUGUCACGAACGCGAUAAUAGACAAGGGGCUGAACUUUAUUGAACGUUCUUCAAAGGAGUAG